AUGGAUGGCCUCCAGCUGGACGAUUCUCAUCGUGACAAUGGUUAUGCGCCUACAUAUUCUGACAAGGUAGUAUCUUCAUCUUCACCUUCACAUACGUCCACCACGCCUAUUGUCCUACCUCAGCAUGAUGUUUACAAUGCGCCUGUUGCACCUGAUGCGCCGACUCCACAGUCUCCUAGGCGUCGCCUCCCUUGGGGACUGUCCAUAUUAGCAUACACCCUCCUGAUCGCGGUUAUAACAUUUCUGAUAACGGCUGGUGCCGUGGGAGGAGCACUAGGAGGAGUUCUUGCAAGCCAGGACGAUUCCGACUCUUCCACUCAGACGCAGACUGCUACGGUGACUGUAACCAACACCGCCCCUACCGCGUCAGCAACUCCUUCUGGUCUGGUAAAUAAUUACACUCCGCUUCUGCCGGAUCAAGUCAACACGACGGCGCUCCAAUGUGUGGAUCAGGCCACAAUAAAUUCUGCAACGGGAGAACAGUUCCAACUGAAUUGCAACAUAAACUUCCCCGACAACGAUAUGAUCAACAUCAUCGCAUAUACCCUAGACGCCUGUAUCAAUGCCUGUUCGAACAUGAACACCUUUGCAGGAGAAGAACAAUGCCGUGGCAUACUGUUCAACGCCAAUCUUCAAAAGACGAAUGCCAAUCAGAAUGGAAAUUGCUGGUUGAAAUCCAUCAUGGCUAACCCCUCUGUCGACAGAGCACCUCCAUCGGUAGGGGCUGUUCUAUUAUCAUCAUGA